AUCAAGAAUUUAGCCCGGAGUUGGCCGUCAUUCGAUGCGACGUGGAAAACGCAAAAUUUCCGUCCCCUGCUCCCGGGCAUAUUUAUACCGGCCCGUCACCCUACUAGUGUUUGAAACUUUUUCUCUCUAUAUUGUUUUUAAUCAGUGGCCGUGCCCCUGUCUUCUCUAGCUGCUAUCUUCAUCAAGUAGCGCCUUAAAUCUCAUCCUGCUAAAAAGUGGAGCAGUGAGGCACGUAACUAAAGAUGCCUAUUGGCAAUAUCUACGCCAUUGCGGCCAUCGCCGUCAUUGGCGGUGGUCUUUUUGGCUUUGAUAUUUCGUCGAUGUCUGCAAUUAUCAGCACAACCCCCUAUAAGUGCUAUUUCAACCAAGGAACUGUGACGACCAACGACAAGGGCGAACAAGAAUGUGCAGGUCCAACUACGAACACCCAAGGAGGUAUUACGGCAGCCAUGGCUGGAGGCUCCUGGCUAGGUGCUCUAGUCUCUGGCUACUUAUCGGAUAUGUUUGGGCGUAAGUCGUCCAUUAUGAUUGGCUCGGUGAUCUGGUGUAUUGGUUGUAUCCUUGUUUGCGCCGCCCAAAACAUCCCUAUGUUGAUUGUUGGUCGUAUUAUCAAUGGUAUCAGUGUCGGUAUCUGUUCUGCUCAGGUUCCAGUAUACAUUUCUGAAAUUGCUCCCCCUACCAAACGUGGUCGCCUUGUUGGUCUUCAGCAAUGGGCUAUCACAUGGGGUAUCAUGAUCAUGUUUUACAUUUCUUAUGGAUGCAGCUUCAUCAAGGGCACUGCCUCCUUCCGGAUUCCCUGGGGUUUGCAGAUGAUUCCAGCUAUUCUUCUCUUCUUUGGAAUGAUGUUGCUUCCCGAGUCCCCCCGUUGGCUGGCACGCAAGGAUCGUUGGGAGGAGUGCCACGCUGUCCUUACAUUGGUCCACGGCAACGGCGAAGGAGACUCUUCCUUUGUUCAGCGUGAAUUUGAGGAAAUCAAGGGCAUGUGCGAAUUUGAACGUCAGAACGCCGAUGUCAGCUUCAUGGAGCUUAUCAAACCAAACAUGAUCAACCGCACUCACGUCGGUGUCUUUACGCAGAUCUGGUCCCAGCUCACCGGAAUGAACGUCAUGAUGUACUACAUAACCUAUGUGUUCGCGAUGGCAGGCUUAAACGGUAACAAUCUUUUGGUAUCAUCCAGCAUUCAGUAUGUGAUCAAUGUGUUCAUGACGAUUCCUGCGCUCUUAUGGUUGGACCGUUGGGGUCGCCGACCCACUCUUCUUAUUGGUGCCAUGCUCAUGAUGACCUGGAUGUAUGCCAAUGCUGGUUUGAUGGCUGCCCACGGUAAAGCAGCUCCCCCCGGCGGUCUCAAUAAUACUCCGGCUGAGUCCUGGGAGAUCACGGGCCCCCCGAGCAAGGCCGUCAUUGCGUGCACCUAUUUAUUCGUCGCAUCCUAUGCGAUAACCUGGGGACCCACUUCAUGGGUCUAUCCUCCUGAGCUGUUCCCUCUGCGCGUACGUGGCAAGGCUAACGCUUUGUGUACCUCUUUCAACUGGGCGUUCAAUUUCGCUCUGGGUUGGUUCGUUCCUCCCGCCUUUGAGAACAUCAAGUGGCAGGUAUACAUUGUUUUCGGCGUCUUCUGUACUGCCAUGUGCAUCCACGUGUUCUUCAUGUUCCCCGAAACCACCGGUAAGACUCUCGAAGACGUCGAGGCCAUCUUCACCGACCCCAACGGUCUCCCGUACAUUGGUACUCCCGCCUGGAAGACUAAGAACGAAUUCGCGCGCGGUGCCGUCAUUGAGCAGAUUGGGUUUGACGAAGAGAAGAAGAUUGCCGGCGUGCAGCAUAACGAGACCGCUUAAAUGGAUGAUGUCUGACUCUUAAGAAGUUGACGUUCGGAGGAGGAAUAAAAGAAAAUACAUAAUUACUGAGAGCUAUAUUACAUACCAGCGCAACAAGUCUCUCCAUUCAUGUAGAUUUGUUAUUUACCUGUGUGACUUAAUUAGUUGAUGUUUAUGAGAGAACGAUGAUGUCUUGAUACCUACGAGAGGUACGGGUUUCAUUCCUUUUUUUUUAGCUUUAAUCAAAGCAGACCAAAC